UCGACUUGUGCACCAUGAAGACCUUGCUUGUUCUCGCCGUUUGUUCUAUCGCGGCUCAGGCCCUAACCGACGAACAGCGAGAAAAGCUGAAAAUAUACAGAUCACAAUGUCUCGCUGUGAAUACGAAGGUCGACGUGAAGUUAGUAAACGAAUUGAAAUCAGGAUACUUCAAGACCGAGAAUGAACCUCUGAAGAAGUAUAUUCUCUGUAUUCUGGUCAAAGCAGGGGUGAUGACUCCGGCUGGAGAGUUCAAGAAGGACGUACUUCUUGCCAAAACUUUGAAUCCGGCUGACAAAACAAUGGUAAAGAAGCUGCUCGACAAAUGCUUGGUAUUCAAAGGCAACACUCCCCACCAAAGUGCUUGGAACUACUCAAAGUGCUUCCACGAACAUGGACCUAGGAGGAAUGAAACCAUUUUUCAAUAAGCUGUUAAUGAAACCUGCCUAAUGAUAUUUUAUUUCUGGAUAUUUAAAUUUGGAAUACCAUUGUUGUUAAAUUCUGUCGUUCAAUAACAGCUAAUGAGUGAUAAUCUGUUAUUUUGUUCACUGCUUACGUUUUCUUGUAUAAUUUAGCAAAACUUUGUAAGUUGUUGACGAUAUUUUCAUCUGUUUUAAUAACUUAAACGUAACUCGAUAGUGUCU